AUGAAUAACGCGAAUCUCAUAAAGACCGUCAGAGGCCUCGACCAAAGCGGACCUGGACCAGAUGGAGAGGGCCUGCAGCUUCUUUGGAGCUGCUUGGCAGCGUCUGCCGAUAGUCAAUUCCAUGCGGCCGAGGAAAGCAGCUUGCGAUGGCUGCUCAAGUCCAUGAACGGGCCGUCUUCCGCCGCCGAGCUCACACGCCGAUACCCGUUGACUUGGACCAUCCUGGAUUGCGUCUUUCAGCGAAUCCCUCUCUUCUCCCUCGCCAAAUCGCUUGCCGACAGAAAGUUCAUCGCCGUGCUGCAGCAGACCCUCAAGGGCGUCUCGAAACCUGCCGCCGGUUCCCGCUCUCCCGCCUCGUCAAAGCGGAAGAGAACCCCGACCGCCGGCUACGACUUGGAAGCUCUUCAAGCUCCAGUCGGGUGCCUCGAAACCGCCCAAAUAGUCUUCAAGGCGCUGAAAUCGCUGUUGAGCCGGCUUGAGAAUUCUGAAUCGGCUCUCACCCGUGACACCAUCGGCGCACAACACAUCAGAUCUCUUUUUUGCAACUCGGCAGCCGAAGCUACCGGCAUCGCGGCCCCAGCUUUGACGAUAUGCAGCAUGUUGACGAGCAGCCCGGGGGGCGAUGUCAAAGGCGCAGAAUCUUGGAUAGAGACCAUUUCCACCAUCUGGGAUUUGCAUUUGCAAGGAGGUGACGAUGAAGUAGAGGUUGCAAUUCACCUCUUUCGGCCGUCCGCCACCAUAUUGGCUAGGCUUGGCAGCUUUCCUUCAGAUCAGCAAGUUGAGCUCCCUGAAGCUCUUAAGACUCGAUGGAGCGCCGACCUUCAAACAUUCAUGCAGCGAAAUCUCAUUAUCCCGGGCAGAGCAGCUUUCAUGACCCAUCGAGUCUUCGAAUCCUUCACCCAGGCAUUAGAGAUAUCAAGGAACGUUGCUCAGCUUUCAGCGCCUGCGCUUUACUUCCUCUCCUCCCGCGUCUCCAGCCGCAUUGCCGAGGGCGAACUUCGCAAGGACAACGUCGAGUGGCUAAAGCAAAUUUUUCAUGCCAUUGAGCUGACGAUCAGGGGACGACCAGAUUCUGGCACGCUGAUGCAGACCAUCCUGGAACUGGCCAUACAGCGAUCGACCCCCGUGGAUGUGCAAAACCUGCGGCGUGUGUGCCGCGACUACGCCAUGCGAAAAGCAGAGACGGACUGGGAGUUGAUAGCAAAAGUGGCCGCUUGCGACCCCGAUGUCUUCCAGCUGUCCGACGAUGGAGCCAGCUUGAGAAGAGAGGUUUGCGACAGAAUCUUGAAGCAGGAGGCUGCGGAAGCCCACUACAAGCCUAUCGCGAAAGUCAUCGGGGCCAUCAUAGAUGGGUUCCGAGCGCGUCGUUCCCUGACCGGCUUCUUGCGGCUGUGGUUCGAACAGCUCUGCGAAGCGGAACGGCAGCAGACGAAUCACCACUCGCCGUGGUUCGACGUCGGCCGUUUCACCAGUCCGACGCAAUCGCUUGACUCCCUUUUGGAGACGGAGUUAUCGCCAUCGCAGCUUCUUGACAUAAUUGCCUGGACUGGAACACAAAACCCGACAAAGCAUCCCCGUUCCACAUGCGUAUUCUCCGCCGCCAUUGCACAGGCAUUACGGGGCGAAUCUUUUGUUGAUGCUGUGGGAUCAAGACUCUUUGAUCUGGUCGCGCCUGUAGACGGCUCUAUGCAAGCCUCGGCCUUGAAAUGGAGGGUGGUUUCCAGUACCAUGUCUUGGGUCGCUUCUGAUGAGAGAGUUGAGACUUGGAAUUCGGUCAAGGACCAGUUAUCCAACAUCCUGAAGACUACACCCAUCAUCUCGAGCGUAACUUUUGAGGCAUUCAAAUGCUGUUUCCGAGCCUGGGACUCAUUGAGUCUCGAUGAGGCGCAUGUGGACGAGGCGGCAUCAAUAAUUGAGAACUUCAAUGAACGGCUUGCCGCUGAGAUGGCUGGCCGUCGCAUCUUGAGUGGAGACGAGCUUUCCUUCUUGGACCCUGACAUGAAGGCAGAACUCCAGGAGGAUUCCGCUUACCAACAGUAUCUAUCUUGGUACAUUUGUGGCUCCAGCAGAUUCAACAGGCUGUACUACAACAGGAAGGAGGGCAUCCCUCUAAUCCUGACGAACGCAUUGUCAAACCAAAAUGAUGGCGUCAGUGGACUCGAGACCCUUUGGCGGACUUUGCUGCGCAAUGAGGUCAACCUGAACGAGUCCAAAAUCGCAAGAGACUUCAUCGACCGUCUGAUUGUCGCACUGGAAAGUUCUAAGGAGAAGAAAGGUUGGCCGGGCAAGCAAAGCCUACUUUCGAUCAAGAUACUUUCCAGCAUACCGCUCGAGGUCUUUGAUCGCGGACAAAGGGAGAGGCUCAUGAAUGUUCUAAGCAAGCGACGAUCGAAGAUGGUGCAGUCUCCGGAACAAGUCUCUCUGUUCUCGUGGAAAAUUGUCCUUGGCCUGGCGACGAAGAUGAUGGGACGGCCAACGUUCUAUGAAGGAAUGGGCUUCUCGGACCUGGUCGAGAUCGCGGAAGCAAUGUCCCGCAUCUCCAUUGAACCGCAAUCUGGUAGCGAAGCUGUUGUCGAGCUGACUGAGCGAUUCUUUCUCAUGGCGUCAGCAACAAUCAGGCAAAUGGCAGAAAACAUCGACGAACGCAGCAUCAGGUACUUCCGCGGGGCUUCACAGUUCGUAUCCGACCAUAAGGCACGAGGCACCACGCAACCGGAAGCCCACACGGCCAGGCAGCCCUUGCAUAUGACUCUGUUGAAAGCCUUGGCGGCGGAGCUGGCGCGGUCACCAAGCUGGCAGAACCAACAAGACAUGGCUUCUCUCAGCAUUGACUCAAAGGCCGUCCUGGCGAGUUGCAUCAUGGACGUUAUGCGCAAGCUCAUGUCGGAAAAAAAUUUGCUGGCGUCUCCUAGCAUAGGGGUCGACAUGAGCCUCUUCGCCGCCGUCGACGCCGCGGCACAAGCGGGAGACUUUACUGGGCAGCCUGACUUCAAGCCAUCGGCAGUCCGGAACCUUGAGAAGCGAAGCCGACGGUUGAUGCAGCAAGGAGACAUGAGGGGCUGGAAAAUACAGGUUUUCCUUCGCACCUAUUUGUCUGCGGUGGUCGAGGUUCCUCGCCCGACAGCUUACGACAGCCUGGGCGGCUUAUCGGGAAAUCUUAGGCAGCCUCUCCUGAGGGAAGAGCUCCUCGAUGGAUUCAAAAACGACUCUGAUACGGAUGGCCAGGUUCUCGCCAUCCAGACGGUUGUCGAUCAACUAAUAGAUUCCGUCGAGGUUCAUGAACGAGACGAGGGCUUCAACUUGGCCGCGGCCCAUAGCGAGUUGACCUUGCUGCUGUUGCAGAAGCCGACCCACGCCCGCCAAGUAUGCCACAUUCUUCGGACUCUGCUUGAGAAGCGACCGCAGGCCAUGGGUCAAUGGAACGUCGAGGUCACCCUGAGCGCAGUCUGUGACCUAUGCUCGAUGAGCACCGACGGGUCCGCCGUGCCCUUUGCGGAACUGUGCAAGCUGGUCGAAAUCGUCAUCAAGAAGCACAGACUUCGCCUGGAAGGUCACUACCACAUUCUUCUGAGCGCAAUGCAGGCGCUCCUCUGCAAUCUCGUCAUCAAGCAGAUCCCAGCGGAUCGAAGCGACGAGCGCAGUCAGGUAUCAAAGUCCCACGCCUACGCCCGGCUCAUCAGCCUCAUCUGCGAGCCCACUGCCGGCGCCGUCUCCCGCUCUCAGCUCCACAGUGCCCUGGACUCUGCCACGGAUACGGCCAAGCGCUCGGCCGGGCGGCACAUGUUCCUCGUCUUGAUGCAGUACGUCAAACUGCAGCUCGAGGAGAACGUCCCGAGAGCCGCGAGGGAGGCGCUGGAGCCGGCUAUGAACUCGAUAUUCGACAUUACGUCGCCCGAAGGGAGGAAGAUACUCAAUGAUGCCAUGGAUGGCAGUGGAAGAGCGAUCUUGAGGGAGAUGUUCAAGCGCUACGUCAAGUUUGGCAAAUGGAGCGGCGUGUAG